UCAAAAUGGCAGCGCCCUUGUGGAAUUUGGUGUUACAUGGUCGGCAUUUUUUUACACCAAGGUUUGCUUAUGGAGCCGCAAACUUACGAAAUGUGUCAAUCUGUGGAUUCAGUACCAGUGCGUCGUUCAAUAAAAAGCAAGUUCAUGGCUUCUCCUCCCGCAAAUUCGAGAAAAUGAUGACCAAGAAAAAGAAGAAGUUCUAUUUUGAUCCAAUGAAUCCCAGUCAGCUUGGGAAGAUGACUGUGUCAAAUCCAAUCUCCAAGAAGGCUGAGAAUAAGAUGGAUGAGAAAGACAGUGUGAAGCUUCGAGUCUACAACACCAUCUUGUACGAGCAUAUUGUAGAUCUGGUCAAAUCCAAUUACAUAAGUGAAGAGUUGGAGCAGCUAGAGGUACCCCUUCUCUCAGUUCGUAUGGCAGGAGACAUGAGUGUAGCACGAGUAUACUGGCAAGCCUCAGGGAACGCAGAGAGUGAUGAUAAGGUCCAGGCUAUCCUUGAGAAAUACACUGGUAGAGUCAGACAUGCUCUUAUUUCCCUCCGAGUCCUAGGUAAUGUCCCUCGAGUCUGCUUCUUGAAAGACAAAGCAGCUGCCAACAUCGCUGAAAUCGACCAUCUCCUUGCUACAGCCGACUAUGGACCAAGAGACGACGAGUCUCUCACAGCGAAAGACCCCCAUGGAUUGGAAUGGCACGACCCACAUGAAGAAGAUGUAUUACACUGGCAGGGUAGUUCCACUAUCAAACGAGGGGACAAAGAGGACAGAGAGGGGCAGGGGAACAGAUCAAAGUACAAGGGACCCAACUACUUUGCAGUUGAUCAUGCAGAUGCACUAUCCCAGAUUGCAAGUCACAAGAAGCAGGAAUCUUCGAACGUGCCAGAAGGGUUCUCCCCGAUCACAGACUCAAUUGAAAAGUUCAAGGUUUUCCAGAAAAAGAAGAAAAUAAAGAGGAAAAUAGAGGAGGAUGACAUUACCUAUAGAGGACAGUUGGAAAUGGACAGCAUUAAUCGAGAGGAAGAUUUUGAAGCUGAAGAUUUUGAUGAUAGUUUGGACACGCUUGAAGAAACUAGUGACUUUGAAACAACAAAUGAUGAUGAUGAUGCAUUUGGUACUGGCCCUGGUGGUAAAUCACCAAGGAUAUAGUGUCAAACAACAAAAAUAAUUCAUGAGCCAAUUGCAUUUUGUAUAGCAAGAUAAUGUGAUUUUUAUUUCGUUUUGCAAGUCACUUUACAAAACUAGCAUAAUUUGUUUUAUAUUUACAAAAUAAAUACAGUAUUUAUACAGUCAGUUUCUCCCUCAUCUAAAAGGAAAUAUAGGAGUAAUAAUAUUCGCCUCAAGCUCUUAAUAGACAAUAUCUCACUUUGUCUGUACGCAACAUAACCAAAUCAUUUACUUAUUGUCUAAUACAUGUAUGUGUAUGUGAAUUGUUCUGGCAAAUGUUGUGUACCCAGGUAUUAUCAACCUUUGAUUAACAAAGGAAUGGUUUUACAUUCAUUUUCUGAAGGAAAAGUUAAAGUUUUGAGUGCUCUUCCUAGCGCCUUCCAAAUUUUUCAUUAAAUAAACCUCUUUACUAAUGUGUUUCAAUUGAUGUAUGUUUCUCUCCUGAAUCCUUGAUUACAAACUGUGCAUACAUUAGUUGUUGCUAUGUUAGACAAACCUCUUGCAAGCUUUGCAGUUGUCAAGAUAAACUUUUGUUCAAUUGGUAUACAUAAAAUAAGCAAAUAGGGCCCUGUAUUAAACAAAGAGUUGAUAUCAGUCGCGAUUUAUUUGCGAUUGAUUUCUAUCACAACUAUGUACAUAAGAGAUAGGAGAUUGCAAUCAAUCGCAACUCUUUGUAAGACAGGGCCCAGGUCUAUAAUAUGGGUGUGGUUCCUGCAUCAGGCCUGUGCUGUGCAGUUUGAAUCCAUUUGUUUCAGGCCAGAUGUUUCAAUCAUUGACUGCACACUGGU